GCACUCUAAACGCAGGCGGGCAAGACGCGGAAGAGAAAAAUGGCGGCGCCAAGCGUGCCCACGCCGCUGUAUGGGCACGUGGGCCGCGGAGCCUUCAGCGACGUGUACGAGCCUUCGGAGGACACGUUCCUGCUGCUGGACGCGCUCGAGGCGGCGGCGGCCGAGCUAGCAGGAGUGGAAAUAUGCCUUGAAGUCGGAGCAGGGUCUGGUGUGGUGUCUGCAUUCCUGGCCUCCAUGAUAGGUCCUCAGGCCUUAUACAUGUGCACUGAUAUCAACCCCCAGGCAGCCGCAUGUACCCUGGAGACAGCACACUGUAACAGAGUCCACCUUCAGCCAAUAAUUACAGACUUGGUCCAAGGCUUGCUGCCCAGAUUGAAGGGGAAAGUCGACCUGCUGGUGUUUAACCCCCCCUACGUAGUGACUCCGCCUGAAGAGAAGUUCUCACACCAGACAUUGUAACCCAGAAGGAGAGGAAUACUGACGGAAGGACAGAAUGUGACGCAUCUAGUCAGAAUUCUCACCCAGGUCAGGCCAUGAUGUUGAAACUGAUCCAUUACCAUAAACAACAAAUUUAUAAUGCAAAUUUUAAAAAUAACUUCUAAUCAACUAUAAAUUCACCAACAAUGUCCUUUUCAGAGUCUUGGGUUUCAUCCCUUGUCAUUAUCAGAAAUGAAAAGUGUGGGACCAAUCCUGAUCUUUCAUAGGGAAGCCAAAUCACCAUUCCCCCAGAAGGUGAAGGCACAUAGUUCAAUAAUAGAUGAGCACUGGCUUCUCUUUAACUCUGCCUGAUAUAGUCUUUGGUGAUUAUUCUCUGGCAAAGCUGGUAAAUACUAUGCCCACUUCCACUGCAAUUGCUCUGGCUGUGCUCACAUGAACUAAGAACCAGAAAGUAAGUCACAGUCUGAGGGAACAGCACUACAGUGUCAUAUAUUCUGUUCACUGCUUCUAUAAUCAAGUACCAUAGGUUGUUUAAUUAAUACAUGUAUUUCUCACAGUCUGGAGGCUGAGGAGACCAGUCUCGGGGUGUGUGGCUGUGGCCAAGGCUUUCCUGCUGUAUUAUGACAGAGACAUCAUACGCUGAGAAUGAGGAACCAUUCCUAAACAUGUGGCUCUCUUCUCCUUUUCAGCAUGGACUAAUUAAUCCCUCAUGACCCCCUACUCAACCCACCUCCAAAUACUUUCAGCAUAUCAAUAGGGGAUUACAUUUCUUAUAUGAAUUGGAUGCUCAAGAAAAAGCUAUGGAAAUGAACCUUGUGAUAACAAUGGUUCAGUCCAGCCCAGAGGUGACAGUGAGCAAAAGACAGCCCUCUGUCCACAUGUACACCCACACACAUACACACAAUAAAUCAGUAAAUACAGUUAACAGUGUUUCAGCCCUGAAGAUCUAAUUUUAAAAUCAAUCAAUAGCUGGGUGUGGUGGUGCCUACCUCAGGAGGCAGACUUCUGAGUUCCAGGUCAGCGCAGGCCACACAGUGAGACCGUCUCCACAAAACCACAAAUCAUUCAACAGCAGGAUAAAAACUAAAAUGGACAAAGGUUUAUUACAUUUAUAAUCUAUUUAAUGUCAAUAUGAGCCUGUGUGUGCGGAAGGAUGGUUAAUUCACCGUAAUAAUCUCAGUCAGUGAAGAAACAAUUCAGAGGAUAUGGUGACCCACUGGAGUCCCAGUGUAUUCCCAGCUGGAGCAGUAAGCUAAGUGUAUCUCCUGACCCGCACAUCUGCUGAGACAUACAGGCAAUGCCCUAGUGCUUCUGCAAUCCUAGCACAUCUGGUUAAUUCCCAGAGCUGAAUGAUUAGAUAGGGCCAAGCACAGGUCCAGCGAGAUGGCUCAGCAAGUCAAGGGUGCUUGGCACCAAGACUGAUGAUCAGAGUUCUAACCCAGAACCCACAUGGGAGGAGGAAACUGUCUUCCAGAGGCUCUCCGAUUUCCACAAGUACACACAAACACACACUGAUCUUUUUAAAAUUUAAAAAAACUUUAGUCUGGAAACUAAAUGAAAACAAUGAUUUCAGGCCAUAAAGUAUAAAGACAAAGUAAAUGAAAUCAGAGAGGUUGAAAUCAAUGAUGUAGAGAUACACAGUUAAGAGCUGGUGCUUGAGCUCUGUGGCUAGACUCACUGUCACAUUCAGAAACGUGAACUAAAGUGCUGUGGGUUAUACCUGUGGUCUCUGAGGAACCAAGAGUGGACACCCGGGCAGCAAGCAAACAGAAGGGAACACCUGCCUGCUCCUUUUGAAGUGGAAUCCUCUCUUCUUUAGCCUCAGGGUUGGGGUGGUGCCAGAAGUUCCUGAGGAGUCAUCUCCUCCAUUAUAAGCAGAUAAACGGGGCUUACUAGCCUGGAAUCUUAUCACAGGAAGUCCUACUAUAUUCUGGAGCAGUGACUAGAGAGGCCAGAUGGGGACUGGUCCAAACCACGACACCUGCUCAACAGCAAGUUCCCACAAAGCACUGGAGUAAACAGAGAUGGGAGUCCUGAACAGGAGCGGGCUCAGAAGAAAAGCAGAGGGCUCCAAAAGGAAAAAUCUGAUGCUAAAGUGGAGUUAAUGGGUCUGGGAAUAAUCAGAAUUAAGAUUCAAAGGAAAUUAAUAGAUAAACAAAUGUCAAAGACUACCUAAAUACGAUAUUCCUUCAGUAAGGUACUGUACCACCAUAAAUAAUGAAUUAGAACUAUACCAGAGGAAACGAGAGGUACUCGAGAUGCUGUGAGUGACGGCUGUGGAGAUGGGUUCCUGGAUGAGACGCUGGUGAAAGCGUGAGGGCCAUGUCAAAGCUUCGUGGAAGUGCACACUAGUGGGAAGCCCACAGGGUGCUGGCCUGGCCCAUGCAGUGGUAAGCAGGAGAGAGCCCCAUCUCCGACAAGGUGGAAGGCAAGGAUUGUCUGACCUUCACACACACACACGCUAACAUAACAUCACAUGCACUAAAAGACGCAGAAAAGAAUGUGGAACAAUCCUGCAUUCUAAAACAUAGUUAAAUACAGAAUUGUUGAGGAUAGCGGAGGGGCAGACAAGCUUGGAAAACCUACCCUUAUAAGCAGGAUUUUUUUGCUUUGUAAAAUUUAUGUGUAUGAUUACAAAGGAAUUAUUUUAAAUUGGGAAACCUAUGCCAUAUUAAGUGACUAAAAACAGAAAACAUGAUUAUAUAUAAAAUUAAAAUCAAAUAUGGGUAAAGGCCACAACAAGAAAUAGGAAAAAAGUUGUCAGCAUUGAACUUAAUUUUCAGUGGUUUCGUCAUAAUAUACUUCUGGUCCUGACUGAGCCCAGAGCUGCAUGCAUGCAGUCCUGUCCCUUGAGUUUUGAGGCAGGGUCUCACCAUGUAGCUCAGGUCAGCCUGGAAAUUGCAAUCUUCUCACUCGUGUUCUAGCAUGGAGACUGCAGUGUGUCCAGCACACCCAGCGUGCUGUUUUAGUUGUUGGAUAAUCACGUGCUCUCUUGUAGCAUAAGGACUUUAGGAGUUUGGCAGAGUAACAUUCAGAAGCCAAGGUACACUCAUUUGGAAUGCACUUGUUUGGUGAUGUUUAAUGUCAAAAGGAUUGCAAUCUCAAACUUGAAUCAAGUCUCUCUGAUU